AUGUCGGAUCGUCAGGCCCCGUUACCUGGUACACUGGAUACUCAGUCACAACCGCCUCGAUCGGUGCCAUUGUAUCCAGAUACCGAGUCGCCAAACACUGCUGAUAAGAGCUCGACCAUACCUGGAAAGGCCGAGUCAAAUGUACGCCCCAGACCACCGCAUCUAACUUGGAGCCAACGACGGGAAGUUGGAAAUGAUCAAUCUGCAGAAGAUCUUGCUACAGAAAUGGGAUUUUCAAGCAGUGGACCCGUGUCGCCGGUAUCACCUAUCAGCUCCUCCGAAGUACUGCGAACGCCAAAUCAUGUAUCAGAUCGACCAAAGUACUCAUCGUAUAAGCAUCCUUCACCCCCCGGUGCUGCCUCGCCAUUACAUAACCGUCUCCAUUCCCCUGCAUCUCAAAUAUUCGAGCGGGACGUGCAGGAGGACAUUUUGCCAUCCCAGGCCUCGCCAUCGAUUCCUGCGCAUAUUCGCACAGAUAACUAUAUUCCACCGGUACUCGAAGCUUCCUCCGCCGCCAUCACAGAUGAACAAUUGGAUCCAGAUUCAGUCGAGAUUGUCACCCAUAGUCUUCACCAACCUGCGGCUGCGGGAGUUACUGGUCCAUCCACCGCGGAACAGUCUUUGGCUUCAUCGGGUAUCGUUGAUCACAUCGGUACACACUCGACCGAAGCUGACGAUGUUUCUUCGGCCUAUGGUGUCUCGGAUACCAAUGAUGUACGGCGUUUGAGUUUCAUCUCCUUUGCAGAUGUAGUCAACGCCGAGCAUGCGGAAACGGGUGAAAAUAUGUAUGGUCGAGAGCUCUCCCAGGGAACCGCAACCACCGGGAGUUCCUUUGCAGCUGGAUUGCAGAACCGUUCCCCAUCUCCACUCCGUUCCCCUACCUCCUCACAUGGGCUUGGUACGUCUCCUCCCACGAGUAUUGCUACUUCUUACCAAGGAUUGGACAUGCUACCUAGCCAAGGACCUCGAGUUCCAGCCUGUCCGUUCACAAUGGCACACAGUCCAGUCUCUUCCAGUUUUGGGGGAGAAUUGAACGUGGAAACUAUGCGUCAGGCUCUACGAAGAACGGCAAGUGGGGAGCUGGGAGGUGUUGCAAGCCAGACAGCCAGUAAUUUUGACCACGAUGAGCCUUUGGAUCGGUCGUUCUAG